AUGCCCUUGAGCCUCCCCACAGCCCUGCGUGUUUCGGGGACCAUCCUCUUUGCCGUGACGGUGCUGGGGGGCAUUCUGGCUGCCUACAUCACAGGCUACCAGUUCAUCCACACGGAGCAGCACUACCUGUCCUUUGGGCUCUACGGAGCCAUCCUGGGCCUCCAUCUCUUCAUCCAGAGUUCCUUCGCCUUCCUGGAGCACCGGCAGAUGCGCCUGGAGGGGCGACCGCUGAAGCUGCAAGCCUCGGUGGCCCUCUGCAUCGCUGCCUACCAGGAGGACCCGGACUACCUGCGCAAAUGCCUGCGCUCCGUCCAGCGCAUCUCCUUCCCCAGCCUCAAGGUGGUGAUGGUGGUGGAUGGCAAUGGGGAGGAGGAUGCCUACAUGCUGGACAUCUUCCAGGAGGUGAUGGGCUCAGAGCAGACCAGUUGCUACAUCUGGAGCAGCAACUUCCACGCUCAGGCGGUGGACGAGACGGAGGUUGCCCAUCGGAAGGCCAUGCAGCACGUCCAGAGCCUUGUCCGCAACCACACCCACUCCUGUAUCAUGCAGAAGUGGGGGGGGAAGCGGGAGGUCAUGUACACAGCCUUCCGUGCGCUGGGGGACUCAGUGGACUACGUGCAGGUGUGUGACUCGGACACCGUUCUGGAUCCUGCCUGCACUGUGGAGAUGCUCCGGAUCCUGGAGGAGGACUCUCGUGUCGGUGGUGUUGGUGGAGAUGUCCAGAUCCUCAACAAGUAUGACUCCUGGAUCUCCUUCCUGAGCAGCGUGCGGUACUGGAUGGCGUUCAACGUGGAGCGGGCCUGCCAGUCCUACUUUGGGUGCGUCCAGUGCAUCAGUGGGCCCCUGGGGAUGUACCGCAACUCCCUGCUGCAGCAGUUCCUGGAAGACUGGUACAACCAGACCUUCCUGGGAAGCAAGUGCAGCUUUGGGGACGACCGGCACCUCACCAACCGUGUCCUCAGCCUGGGCUACCACACGAAGUACACAGCGCGCUCCAAGUGCCUGACGGAGACCCCCACCCGGUACCUGCGCUGGCUCAACCAGCAAACCCGCUGGAGCAAGUCCUACUUCCGGGAGUGGCUCUAUAACGCGCUCUGGUUCCACAAGCACCACCUCUGGAUGACCUACGAGUCAGUGGUAACUGGCUUCUUCCCGUUCUUCCUCAUCGCCACCGUCAUCCAGCUGUUCUACCGUGGCCGUGUCUGGAACAUCCUCCUUUUUCUCCUGACGGUGCAGCUGGUGGGCAUCGUCAAGGCCACCUACGCCUGCUUCCUGCGGGGCAACGCAGAGAUGAUCUUCAUGUCUCUCUACUCCUUACUUUACAUGUCCAGCCUCCUGCCGACCAAGAUGUUUGCCAUCGCCACCAUCACCAAGUCUGGCUGGGGCACCUCUGGCAGGAAAAGGAUUGUAGUCAACUUCAUUGGUCUCAUCCCCAUCUCGGUCUGGGUGGCGGUGCUGCUGGGCGGGCUGGCGUAUACAGCCUACCGCCAGGAUCUCUUCACGGAGACUGAGCUGGUCUUCCUCGUCUCAGGGGCCAUCUUGUACGCCUGCUACUGGGUGGCCCUGCUCACCCUCUACCUGGCCAUUGUGGCCAGGCGCUGCAGCAAGCCGCAGGAGCAGUACGGUUUGGCCUUUGCGGAAGUAUGA